UCACAAAAUAACAUUCAUAAAUUGAGUUGUAAGUUGUAACCCUAAAAGUAAAACUUAUUUAUUAAUAGUGUUAUUAAUUUAUCAUCAUAUUUAAUGUCCAACAUAAUUUGUUAAAAAUCUAUCUCAGAAUCAGAAGACGAUGAAAUAGAAAUAAUCAAAAUGAGUGCACUAUUUAAUUUUCAAAGUUUGCUCUGCGUCAUACUGCUUCUAAUAUGUACGUGUGCCUACUUGAGAUCCUUCUUCCCUAGUAUUAUGGAUCGAAAUAAGACUGGACUACUUGGAACAUUCUGGAAGUGUGCAAGGAUUGGUGAAAGGAAAUCUCCAUAUGUAGCAACCUGCUGUGUUAUAAUGGCUUUCAGCAUCUUGUUCUUGACUUGAGAGGACCAACAUUUUAUAAACAUUUAUCUUUAAUAUGUUAUAUAUAUUAAAUAUAAAUAAAAAGAGUCAAUACUUUUA